AUGAAGUCUGCAAUCACCGAUUCCGUGCAAUCUAGUCGAAAACUCUACCAUGAAGAAGAAGUACAUGGCGACAUCACUGAAUUUAUUGGUGCUUCCAACAACUUGAUUGGCAUCGUCGAAGACAAGAUGACACUUUUCGAUGUAAAUCCAGCGGAACAGCACAACAAGGUCUAUUAUGGCAAGCUGAUUGAUGAUGUGAUCAAGAAUGAGAAUGAGAUGAACAAAUUCUAUUUUUGA